AUGUCUUCAAUUAAACAUAACAAAUUUGGGCUUGAUCUUGUUGAAUCUAAUACUGAAAUCGAGAUCCAGUCACUUAUAUCUAUCACAUCCAGCAAAAAAGAUCUACCACAAGAACACCCAAAUGCACAAACACAUUGUGAAGUGUUAUGUCUUAUUUGUCUUAGUAAUGAAAAAAAAACUUGGCUUCAAAAAAUUGAUGAUUCCAAUACAACAAAUCUUUGGCAUCAUCUUAAAAGUUAUUAUCCAAAUAAUGAUCUAAGAAAGAAUGAUGAAUCUUUAAAGUUUACACAAUCUACAUUCAGAGAAUUAAUUACUAAAUGA